AUGUGGAGAGAGAGGUGGCACACAUGCACCAAAGCCAUGGGCAUUCUAUGGACAGUUGGUGGCCGUCUGCGUACGGUGUACAAUGGCUCGAAGAGUGAGGAAGAGCGACGCAAAGACCGAUACGCCACAUUUAUUCGCCUCACUGUUUUUGCUCUUGCGUUUGCUGCAUUCGUCACGGUAGACAGUUACGGCGAUCCGGCAGAGGCGGUGGCCGGCGUGACACGUGGCAUACGGCGUUUGCUGCGAGGACGCUGA